CAUCAGAUGUUGACACGAUCCCAGUGAUGGAUGCUCCUUCUGCCUUGAAUCAGUCCUGAAGAUUGAGGAUCUCAUCUCUUCCUGUGGCGCUCCAACAGACUGAACCAAUUCACUUACCUCUCUUCACCAGACCAACACACUCCCAUGUUGCUAUUUAAGGAAGCAAUUACGGUAAAAGAAAGGCACGUGCAGGUGCCAAGAACAUCUGACGGGUCUCUCAUAACCAAGCGGCUGAUUGAUARCUUCCUAUCACUUUGAUUUGGCCAUGUCAGAGUGAUGAAGGGUUACUGCCCUCAACUGCAACGUCACAGCACCGUAUUUCAUUCAAACACUUCACGGUCUCUAUGAGAUUGUGGGUUUUUGACGAAGUCCAAAGCRACUACAUGUUGAUUUAAGACUCAAGGAGCGAACUGGCUCCUCCUCUCAGCUAAAAGAGAUAUAAAUGUAUACUGGCAGAAUGGAUCCAAAGGAGAGGACCCCUUGAGUUGUGUAAAGCGGCUCAUAGUGCAGGAGUUCAUUGAGGACCAUUCACCGAGUGCCAUGGACAGAGUCACAAUCAGAAACUGCUCUCUGGGACUCCUUGGUUUGCUGUUACUGCAAGGAGUGAUCAGUGUGGAGGGGAGGAGCRUAUUUACCUCUGGAAACCAUGWUUUUAACCUGAAAGACGCCCCUGACAUUCAGAGCAAGAUUAUUGCAUUGCUGUUUCACAACACCUUGGCUGGUGGUGAAAAAGACAGCCCACCGGGUAUGAGUUUGGGUAAUAAAUUAGCUGAUCUUGAGGAGCUGCGUACAGUGUGGGAAGACCUGGAGCUGGAGAGGAAGAUUUCUGCUAAUGUAGCUGAGGACAAAUCCAUAACAACAAAGCGUGGAGAACCUUGUUUUUGGAAGUACUGUGUCUGACGAAGACAAAAGAGGAAAAGAACUGCCAGGAAAACUUGCUGCACUGCUCAGCAUAGCCUUAAAACCUGCAAAUACCAAUARUUUGAACAAACUGUAUUUAUUCCAGCAAUAUAGUGAUGUACAUUUCAUGUCCCCUUAGACGCUGUCAUGAAACCUCUGAGUGAUGUUGCUUUACAUGUUACCCAACAAGAAUUUGGGUAACAUGUAUAGCAGAAACACUGUUGAAACAUUGUUGAGUGAAUAGAUGAUCUUYACCACAUUUAGAUUUAAGCGUUUUUGUUGCCCUCUUGUGGCAGAAACUGGUCUAAGUUUUGAUCAAYCAAACUACCAAUCGCCUCACUUUUCACUGUAUUUAGAAAGGAGCCAUUGCUUGUUUUAUUGUGUAAAUAAAAUGCAAUGUGUAUCUUUAUUUUUUUGUUUGUUUUA